AUGAGUGCGUGGAAAGAAUUGAGGCCGCGCAUGUUGCCAGCUGUGAUUACGAUGUUUCUACUUCUUCAGGUUCUCUUCUUAGUGAACAUGUGCUAUCUAUAUGCGACGCAACUACGAAGCCCUACUCGCUAUCACAACUUCAAUGUGCUGUACGUUGACUAUGAUCAGGGUGUCAUCGGAAAGUCGAUUUGGGAUGCCUACCAGCGAUUACAGGGCGACAGUUUUCCGACAUUGCUUCCGGCAUCUCUCUCCGACUACGAAGAAGAAAGCAGUAUUCGAGAUGCCGUAUGUCGAGGGGAUCAUUGGGCUGCAGUUUACUCAAACCGAUUUGCGUCCGAAGGCUUAGCAACAGCGCUUGCAAAUGGCUCCGACAUACCAACAUCGCUCACAUACGUGUGGAAUGGAGUGCGAUACCCAGUGUUCUCGCAGGCUGCCAUAUACGCCAAUUUCUUACGAUUGAUUGAAGACACUCGGUCUUUAUAUUACUCUCACAAUGGAUCUGCAGUAGUCGAAACUGCCAAUCUGUCUAAUCCUGCCAUCCGCCAAGCCUUCCUUGAUCCUAUACAUGCUCGGGAGAUAAAUAUCAAAGAGACAGACCAUCGUACCAGGGUUUUUCACAACACGGUAUCUAUGGCCAUGCCCAUAAUACAGCAAUUCUUCUUCAUACUGGCAUUGAAUGGAAUCUCAACUCAUUUUGGCGCGUUUUCUAAAUUGUCAUGGAAAACCAACGGAAUCAUUCGUCUUAUCGCCUCGUUGCUGUACACUUUUAUCGGCGGCCUCUUGAUGGCCAGCUAUAUUCGAGCAUACAAAGAAGCUUGGACACUAAAUGGGAGUGAGUUUGUGUUCACUUGGAUGAUCCUGUGGUUUCUUAUGCACAUCAACUUCUUGUUCUUUGAUGUCGCGACGGCAUUUAUCCCAAUUCAAUUCAUGCCAUUUGUUGUUUUGACAUGGGUUAUUCUCAACAUCGCCAGUACUAUCAGUCCAUUUGAGAUAAACCCGGGAUUCUUUCGCUGGGGCUACGCACUUCCUUCUCAUGAAGCCUAUCAGCUCCUCAUCCAGGUGUGGUCAGGCGGGUGCAACAAUCAGCUUUACCGAGCCCUUCCCAUCAUGUUUGCGUGGUGGAUCAUCGAGAUUCCGGCAGCAGUGUAUGGGAUGCAGUAUCGUUGUAAGGCUGCUUCUAAUGAGGAGACAAUGAUCGGUCAUCUACACCAGGGCACCGACGCUGGUUUUCAGCAUCAGGAGGGCAAGGCGUGUGAGGGGGGCACAGUAACCCAUGGUUGA